AUGAGCUGCGACAAGCGCCACACCGAGUCGUCCAAGUCGACCAAGUCGACCACCCUUGUCGCGAGCGUGCUCAAGAGCAACGAAGUCGUGCAUGAGUACGCGGACGGGGUGAACCGCAUGUCAGCGACGCAGGCGCAGAUGCAGGGCCAGAUCAAGAUUCUCACUGACCGAGUGGCGGCCCUGGAGGCUGCCAUCCUCCGCAUCACCAGCCAGUGCGACCAGGCCGUCGCUAACAGCCGCACCGUCGAGGGCGCGCUCUCCGCGCAGAAGAUGCACACCGAGCACCUCAACACCGCCGUCAGUCGUCUCGAGUCCAAUUAUACGCGCCUCGACAGCGAGAUCAUCCGCCUGCGCCGCGCGCGCGAGGUCGACGAGGAGGAGGCCGAGAUUGAGCGGAUGCACGCCCGCGCGACGAGUAUGCGCGCCCGGAGCGCGCAGGAGGAGCGGUUGGUGAACGAGAUUGACUAUAGGCUGCAGGAGACCGAGGACCUGAUCCUCGAUGAGUUCGAGGAUCUGCACGGCGUGCUGGGGAAGAAGCUGGGGUACCGCAGGGUGGCGCAUUCGCCGACGAACGGGGCGCAAGUGGCUCAUGCGCGACCGCGCACGCCUCAGCAGCAGCCGACUCCGGCUGCGACGCCUACGCGAGCUCAAGGCAUGGCUCAGACGUACAGCUCCGGGGGUGGCAUGCGCCUGCGAGAGCUGAUAGCAAAUGAAGUCGCUCCCCAUGGCGAUGGAUCUUCCACUGCUUCCAAUGCAUCGUCUCGGCGUUCCUCGUCAAAUUCGUCGAGUUCUGAGCAGUCUCUGAGGCAGAGCCGUCGCCCGGACAGCAGGGACUCGCCCCGUCGCGGUCGCGCUCCGUCUGUUGGGCCACCCACACCCACGUCUGCCAGGUCGUACCAGGAGAACCGUCACCCUGAGGCAAGCACGCCGAAGCAGGUCAACUUCGCUUUCAACGAUGGGAACGCACAAGUGCGCGCCACAGCUCCAGCCGGGACACUUGCACCACCUGCAGAAGCGUAUGCUGUCCGGCCGAAUACUUACCAGGUCGGGUCGCGGGUGUCCAUUGACUCGGGCGUUCAGUCUUAUACCUCAGACGAGAGCUCGAUGGACGAGCGCCAGAGGCAGGCUCGCGCGUCCCUGAUGUCACGCAUCAGUGCUGCGAGUACCUACACGGCUGGACCGAAGACGCCAAGGGAGAUGGACGAGGGUCUUCUUGCGACUAGGCAAGCCGACCGCGCUCGCCUCCGAACGUGA